AGUAUGGUAAUGGGAUCACACCUGUGUUCAAAGCUAGAAGCUUUCUCUUCAAAGAUUAAACAAGCUUCCGUUAAUGGAAGAUGGCGGGAAGUGGUCACUGGGUAUUUAGAGAUACAGCGAGCUGGAGUUCAAUGUAACGAUCCUUUUGUUUUCCCCAUCGUUUUUAAAGCUUGUGGUAAGCUCUCAUGGCUGUUUCAAGGUAGAUGCAUCCAAGCGAGUCUGUUAAAGAGAGGCUUUGAGUCUUUUGCUUCUGUGGGGAACUCAGUUGCUGAUUUCUACAUGAAAUGUGGAGACUUGUGUUCUGCGAUACGAGAAUUUGAUUGUAUGACGUCGAGAGAUUUGGUUUCUUGGAAUGUUAUUGUUUUUGGGCUUCUCGAUCAUGGUUUUGAAGAAGAAGGGUUAUGGUGGUUUUCGAAGUCGAGAGUUUGGGGUUGUGAGCCUAAUGUAUCAACAUUGGUUUUUGUGAUUCACGCGUGUCGUAGCUUACGAUCGUAUGUCGAUGGAGAGAAGAUUCAUAGUUACAUGAUCCGUAGUGGGUUUUGUGGGAUUUCGUCUGUUCAAAAUUCGAUCUUGUGUAUGUAUUCGGAGUGUGAUCUUUCAAGCGCACGUAGACUGUUCGAUGAAAUGUCUGAGAGAGACGUUAUUUCAUGGAGUGUGGUAAUCAGAAGUUAUGUGCAAAGCCAGGAACCUGUGCUGGGAUUGAAGUUGUUUAAAGAGAUGGUUAGUGAGGCGAAAACAGAGCCUGAUUGUGUAACUAUGACAAGUGUUCUCAAGGCUUGUGCGGUUUUGGAGGAUCUUGAUGUGGGAAGAUCAGUUCAUGGAUUCUCGAUACGGAAAGGUCUUGAUUUGGUAGAUGUGUUUGUGCGCAAUUCACUCAUUGAUAUGUAUUCCAAAGGAUUUGAUGUUGAUUCAGCAUUUAGAGUAUUUGAUGAGACCACUUGUCGAAACAUUGUUUCAUGGAAUUCGAUUUUGGCUGGGUUUGUACAUAACCAAAGGUGCGAUGAGGCUCUUGAGAUGUUUCGUUUGAUGGGAAAAGAGGCGACUGAAGCAGAUGAAAUUACUCUUGUGAUGCUUCUCCAGGUUUGCAAGUUCUUUGAGCAGCCAUUGCCUUGCAAGUCAAUACAUUGCGUGAUAAUCCGGCAUGGAUAUGAGUCCAAUGAGGUGGCUUUGAGUUCUUUGAUUGAUGCAUAUACAAGCUGCAGUCUUGUUGAUGAUGCAGGAACCGUGCUUGAUUCAAUGACAUACAAGGAUGUGGUGUCAUGCAGCACAAUGAUCUCUGGAUUUGCCCAUUCUGGCCAACCGGAUGAAGCAAUUUCAAUCUUCUGUCAGAUGAGGGAGAAGCCCAAUGCAAUCACCGUCAUAAGUCUUCUUAGCGCAUGCUCAGUAUCUGCAGAUUUGAGAAAAUCCAAAUGGGCUCAUGGGAUUGCUAUCCGGAGAGGUUUAGCCAUCAAUGACAUUUCAGUUAAUACCUCCAUUGUUGACGCAUACGCAAAAUGUGGUGCCAUAGAACUGGCGAGAAGGGCAUUCGAUCAAAUGCCUUUGAAAAACGUUGUCUCUUGGACAGUGAUCAUAUCUGCAUACGCCAUUAACGGUUUACCAGAUAAAGCAUUAGCAUUGUUCGAGGAAAUGAAACGACAAGGUAACACACCAAACGCUGUGACAUAUCUGGCAGCUUUAUCAGCGUGUAAUCAUGGAGGAUUGGUAAAGAAAGGUCUCAUGAUAUUCAAAUCAAUGGUAGAAAAUGAUCACAAACCUUUGUUGCAACACUACUCUUGCAUUGUGGACAUGCUUAGCCGAGCUGGAGAGAUUGAUACAGCCAUGGAAUUAAUCAAGAAACUUCCGGAAGACGUUAAAGCCGGGGCUAGUACUUGGGGAGCGAUUCUUAGCGGUUGCAGAAACCGUUUGAAAAAUGGAACCAUUACCUCAGAGGUAGUAGCUGAGAUUCUUGAACUCUCACCCUUGUGUUCUUCAGGGUAUUUGCUUGCAUCAAGCGUGUUUGCUGCAGAGAAAUCGUGGGAUGAUGUAGCCAUGAUGAGGAGGUUGGUGAAGGAGAGAAAGGUUCGAGUCGUUGCGGGUUAUAGCAUGGUUCUUGAAGGAAGCAUAGCUAGGAGGUUUUUGGCUGGAGACACGUUAAGCCUGAGUGAUUCUGAACUAAACGAUGUCGUUCUGAGUCUUCAUAGAUGCAUGAGGUUAGAGUUAGACGAUACAAUAGAUAAGGUAACAUAGGCCCAAUGGGCCUUAGUGAAGAAGAC